AGGGCAGGACAAUACAGAUAUCCCCCAAAUGUCAGAAACGGUACAGAUAUCCCCCAAAUGUCAGGGACAGUACAGAUAUCCCCCAACCAAAUGUCCGGACAGUACAGCUAUCCCCAAAUGUCAGAACAGUACAGAUAUCCCCCAAAUGUCAGGACAGGACAGAUAUCCCCCAAAUGUUAGGACGGUACAGAUAUCCCCUAAAUUAUCAGGACAGUACAGAUAUCACCCAAAUGUCAGACACAGUACAGAUAUCCCCCCAAAUGUCAGGACAGGGUCAGAUAUACCCCAAAUGUCAGGACCAGGACAGAUAUCCCAAAAUGUCCGGACGGUACAGAUAUCCCCAAAUGUCAGGACAGUACACGAUAUCCCCAAAUGUCAGAAC